AUUCACUACAAAUCGGUCAAGUUCUUGUCGGCUGAGAUAUACUUCUACUAGUAGUAUGCUAUAACUCAGCAGAUACUACUUAAAAGUUGCAAGAAAUGCUAGUAUUUUAGUAGAUUAAAGAUCAAAAUAAUUUUUCAUAUUAUAUACUUCAUAUUAAAAGUCCACCAAUAGUUGCAUGAUGAACAAACGAUGGUCUCUUGUUGGCAUGACUGCUCUUGUUACUGGGGGCACCAAAGGAAUCGGACAUGCAAUCGUGGAGGAACUAGCAGGACUUGGGGCAAGAGUUCAUACAUGUGCGAGAAAUGAGACUGAACUUGAAGCUUGCAAACGCAAUUGGGAGACCAAAGGCUUUCAUGUCACUGCUUCUAUUUGUGAUGUAACUUCUCGAGUCCAAAGAGAGAAUCUAAUGGAAAUAGUAUCAUCUGAGUUCAAGGGCAAGCUCAAUAUCCUAGUGAACAAUGUUGGGGCUUACAUGAAAAAGCCAACAACAGAGUUCACAGCUGAGGAAUAUGCAACUGUAAUGACCACCAACCUUGAAUCAGCUUACCAUUUUUGCCAACUUGCACAUCCCCUCCUCAAGGCAUCUGGAUUUGCCAGCAUCAUCUUCAUGUCUUCCGUAGCUGGUGUCGUGGCUGUUGAUGUUGGCUCUCUUUAUGGCACAGCAAAAGGAGCGAUGAAUCAACUAGCAAAGAAUUUGGCAUGUGAGUGGGCAAAGGAUAAUAUCAGAACCAACUCAAUUGCACCUUUCUACAUUCGUACUCCACUUACUGAAGUGGUAAUCACAUUACGUGACUGUUUUUUUGCAAUCGACAUUAAACGUCGCACACACUUUCUAAAAAAAAAAAUGUUUCAACAUCCGUUAUUCACAAAACUGUCCUUAGUGACAAAGAAUAUUUGGCUAAAGUGAAAGAACGAACUCCUCUUGGAAGGACAGGAGAGGUGGAAGAGGUGUCUUCCUUGGUGGCAUUUCUAUGCAUGCCUGCUGCUUCCUACAUUACUGGUCAAACCAUUUGUGUUGAUGGAGGCUUCACUAUUCAUGGCUUGUUUUAAGACCUAUAAUUCAAACCCAUUUUGAUAACUCGAUGUUUCUACUUCAUAUUCCAAUAAAAGUGUAAUUUGUAAACAUUAA